UUGCAUUAUUUAUGAUAAUUUGUUGUCAUUUUUAUGUUUAGUAUUCAUAUUAUAGGCAAUAGUUUAGUGCAAUAAUUAUAGUCAAAUCAUUUAACUAUUAAGUAAUGUCUAAUCGUAUUGAUGUUAUCAAAGAGGGUUACAGCCGAUGGCUAACCGCAGACACAAUGGCCGCAAACGCAACUUCAGUACUGAUCCGAUCAAAUGAUAACCAAAUGAAUGUUGUUUUCGAUACAUUGAGUCCAUGGGACAGACAAUACAUGAUCGACAAGUUGGCCACUUUUGGCAUCAAUUGCGAUGACAUCAAUGCGUUGGUCUGCAGUCACACUCACGUCGACCACAUCGGUAAUCUCAACCUCUUUACCAAAUGUCAACAUUAUGUCGGGGAUCACGUCUAUCGAGAAGAUGUCUACCAACUGACGCCAUUUCAAGACAGUCAUUGCAUUCAAUUAUCAAGAGAUAUGCAGAUCGUUGCCACUCCGGGACAUACAAUGGACAGUAUAAGUCUAGUCGUACAUAAUGUCGAUAAACUGGGAACCGUUGGCUUAUGUGGUGAUCUAUUUGAGUGUCAAAAUGAUCUGACAGAUGAAUCCAUUUGGAUAUCUGCCGGCAGUCAGGAUGUGGCCAAACAGCGACAUCACCGCCAAGUGAUGCUAUCGAUGUGUGACCACAUAAUGCCCGGACACGGGUCGGUGUUUAAGGUGACCAAAGUGUAAGCCAAUGGUGUUAUUGGUUUCAGUGCUUCUCAUAACUGAUUG